GACAUUGUUUAUUUUGACAAAUUCAGAUUUACUGUAGUGUUUUGCGUUUGCUGACUUGUCAAGCGAUUUAAAUAAAUUGUUUUCAAUGAUUAUAUAUUUAUAUUCAUUAGUAUAAUUGGAGUGAUUAGAUUUAUUAAAUUAUAGCGUCGUUGUUAUUCUUAGGUCUUGCUAUAAAUUCAAUCAUGACAGAUAAAUCACCAGAGGAAGGAAAUAAUGUUCCACUUACUGAUAAUUCGUUAGUAGUAGAUAUAUCAGAUGCUCUCAGUGAAAAAGAUAAAGUUAAAUUCACUGUUCAUACUCGUACCACUAUGAAGAAUUUUCAAAAACCUGAAUUUUUGGUUGUGAGACAACAUGAGGAAUUUAUUUGGCUGCAUGAUAGAUAUGAAGAAGAACCCAAAUAUGCCGGAUAUAUUAUACCUCCUCCGCCUCCCCGUCCAAAUUUUGAUUCCUCCCGUGAAAAAUUACAACGCCUCGGUGAAGGCGAAGGUACCAUGACCAAAGAGGAGUUCACCAAAAUGAAACAGGAAUUAGAAGCUGAAUAUUUAGCUACUUUUAAAAAAACCGUUGCAAUGCACGAAGUAUUCCUUACGCGUUUGGCAAGUCAUUCGGUAUUUAGAGAAGAUCAACAUCUGCAAGUUUUCCUAGAAUAUGAUCAGGACCUUUGCGCUCGUCCUAAAGGAAAAUUGGAGCAACUGGGUGGAUUAUUUAGAUCAGUCGGUAGUACCACAGAUCAAUACUAUUUGAAUGCCACAGUUAGGGAUGUUAAUGACUUCUUUGAACAACAAAUGAGCUCUUUAACUGAAUAUUAUAACCAAUUGAAGGAAGCUACUCAUCGGACAGAUAAAAUGACCGAGAAACACAAAGAAUUGGCAGAUACUUAUAUCAAAAUAUCCAGUGGAUUAAUCGAAUUGGCAAACAGUGAUAACGGUAAAUUGGAUAAAUAUUUCGCCAAAGUUUCGGAUACUUUCGAAAAAAUUAGGAAAUUAGAAAGUCGUGUAGCUAGCGAUCAGGAUUUAAAAUUAGCAGAUACACUGUGGUAUUAUAUGAGGGAUUGUCAGGCUGCUCGAGCUUUAUUAGUGAGACGCCUCAAGUGUUUAGCAAAUUACGAAAAUGCCAAUAAAGUACUAGAAAAAUCUCGACAAAAAAAUAAAGAAAUUCACGCGGCAGAACAAGCUCAGUCUAUCGCAUGUGAACAAUUCGAAUCUAUAUCCGCGCAAGCCAAAGAAGAGUUACUGGAUUUUAAAACUAGAAGGCUUCAUGCUUUCAGGAAGAGUCUUAUUGAAAUGGCCGAAUUAGAAAUCAAGCACGCCCGUAGCCAAUACGAAUUAUUAAAAAAAUCUAUAGCGAAUCUCAACGAAUUACUUUGAAUUUUUAUUUUUUUUUUAAAUCUUUCUAUUAUGAAUUCAUAUCAAGUUGUAGGAUAUUUGUUUAAUCCGAGCUGGUUUGUUCAGGAUUAUUCAUAUUUUAUUUAAUAUAGGUCCGGAAAUGGAUUUAUAAUUAAAAAAUAUUUAAUUUUAUUUGGGGGAUAGAAUUUUUUUUAUUUUCUCCAUUUUCCAUUUAUAUUCUUUCGAAAUAUUGAAAAAAAGCUUUUUUGUGUUGAUUUUCUAUUAGUAUCAAUCCCUGAAGUGAAAUAAAUACAAUAAAGUAUUGAUUAUUAAAACCAAAAAAAAUAUAAUAUAUUUUAUUUUUUUUAAAUCAUUAUAUUCGAAACAACUAAAUUUAAAUUGUUCAUUGCAAAUAUCUCGUUUUGUAUUGUGAAUACUUCAAAAAUCAUUUCCAACAAUUUCAUAGUAAAUUCAAUUUUUUCCAGAAUUUUUUUCGUAUUUUCAAAAAACUCUUUUUUGAUUUAUUUUCUAAUCAUUUCCUGCCCCCUGGAUUCAAAAUUUAUUGCUAUACAUUGUUUAGUAAAAACAAAAAGGAAAGGAUUAAAAUAUUUACAUUUUCAUAAUCCUUUCAAAUUUUAAUUAAUUUUUUUCCUAUAUCAUUAAGAUAUUAACAUUUUUGUAUUUUUCCAAUUUUUUUUAUUUUCGAAAUCAUUUUCUUUCUUUAUAAUUAAAAUAUUUACAUUUUUAUCAUUUUUUUCAAUUUUUUCUAUUUUCCAAAUACUUUUUUUUCCUAUAUCAGUAGAAUAUUUACAUUUUUAUCAUUGGUUUUAUGUUCCAAAUAUUUUUUUCUUUAUCUUUAAAAUAUUUACAUUUUUAAAGUUUUUUCCAUUUUCCAAAUACUUUUUUCCUUUAUCGUUGAAAUAAUUAAAUUUUUUCCAAUUUUUUUUAUUUUUCUAUUACUUUUUUUUCUAUAUCAUUAGAAUAUUUACAUUUUUAUAAUUUUUUUUAUUUUCCAAAUACAUUUUCUUCUUUCAUAAUUGAAAUAUUUAUAUUUUUCUCAUUUUUUUUCAUUUUCCAAUUACUUGUUUUCCUAUAUCAUUAAAUAAUUUUCAUUUUUAAAGUUUUUUCCAUUUUUCAAAUACUUUUUUCCUUCAUCGUUGAAAUAAUUACAUUUUUUUCAAUUUUUUAUAUUUUUCUAUAAUUUUUUAUUCUACAUCAUUAGAAUAAAUACAUUUUUAUAAUUUUUUUAUUUUCCAAAUACUUUUUCUUCCUUCAUAAUUGAAAUAUUUAUAUUUUUAUUUUUCUCAAUUUUUUUUCAUUUUCCAAUUACUUUUUUUCCUAUAUCAUUAAAAUAUUAACCUUUUUUAUAAUUUUUUUUAUUUUCCAAAUACGGUUAGGUCAAUCUAUUGGAAAUUUGAUUCCCGACUGAAAAUUUUUGAUUAAAAACCGAACAAAAACAAAAUUCAAAUUUAUAAAUAUUAUUAAAAGUAACAAAGUGACUAACAAUUUCAUAAAAAAUAAAAUUUUCUUAUAUUAUAUAUUGUAAAAAAAUGAUAAUAAAAUUUUUUAUGUAGUUUUCACCUCCCCACAAAAUUUUUAAUUAAAAAUCUGUUUAAUUUGAUUCUUCAUAUUCAAAUCAAUUUAUAUAAAAGUUGAUUUAUUAAAAAUCUAUUAUAAUUCGAUUUUUCUAGAAAAUUCGAAGCACCAUCUUCAUUAUUCACCACUUGAUAAUAUAUUUGUUAUUUUUCAAAAAACCUACCAGCCUCGGAAAAUUCAAAAAUCCAAUUUUUCAUUUGGAUAUUUCAUAUGUUAUAAGAAAAUAAUAUAUAUACAUGAUGAUCGUAUGUUUAUAUUUAAAUAAAAGAAAUUAUAUUUA